AUGACGCUCGACGGGCACAAGCACCAGAAACCAAAUGAUCGUACAUCACUGCCAAGUCACAGGCCUGAUGUUGGUUGGCCUGCCGAUUGCGCUUUAUUACCGACCAGAGAGCAUCGUGCUCGAAAACCAGCGAGGGCACCCAGGGGCAGAAAGUGCUGA